AGUUUCGCUCCCAACUUCUUAUCAGUCCUCUUCAACGUCUAUAACUCUUCCUAUGAUACCUCCAACUCAUCCCAAGAUCAGCAACCAUCUGUGAACUCUAACCGGGGCUACAUGGUAGAUUGUAUGAGAAGCCUCCUGGAGAUCAUAUCCGAAAAGGAAUUAAACGAAAGUUAUCAAAAGAUCAAAAACCUACUCGAUCAAUCCAUCAAAUCCAAGUCUCCAUCAACAGUGACCACCCAAAAGAUGCUCGACCUCUUGACCGUCCUCCUGCCGCGUCUAAUCACCAGCACGACAAACGAGCAAGGGGAGGAGGGACACGCAAACAAGAUGAAGAGACUCAAGGAGAUCCAAGGCUUGAUCAGCCAGGACCAGUUCAUUCUUGCCUCGGACUCGAACCUCCAGAAGAAGUCCUUCAAGCUACUGACCACCUUCCUUGAGCUGGUCUGUCAACGUGGGCUCGUCAAGGAGGCCAUCGACGAUCUCGAUGGGCUGAUUGCUAAACUGCUCGCUCUCAAUGGAAAGGGUAAGGUUUCUGGCCCGGCUAAAAGGGACCGAGCCUUACUUGUCUCCAGCCUCGUCUCCGUCAUCCCCGUCGACAAACUUCACCAUAUCCCUCGUCUCUUGACCGAGGUCGUCUUGGGCUGUAAAGAAGCCAACGCCGACGUUCGAGGGUUAAGUUACGAGGUGCUUAUCAAGAUUGGGAAUAAGAUGAAGGAGCACGGUGGCAAGGUGGAUUGGAAGGCCUUGGUGAACGGUAUGGAGGAUGAUGAAGAUCAAGAGCCGAUGGAUGAUGGCGAACAAGAGGCAAAUAUCGAAGAGUACUUCAAGAUGAUAUCGGCCGGUUUGGCGGGCACUUCUCCUCAUAUGGUCUCCGCCACCAUUGCGGCCCUAUCUCGAGUGUUAUUUGAAUUCCAUGAUGAAUUGAAUCGGACGACGAUCGACGAGCUGAUUUCGACGAUCGAGAUUUUCCUGAACUCGCCGAACCGAGAAAUUGCGAAGACGGCGAUUGGAUUCAUGAAAGUAGCGGUAGUGAGUCUCGAACGAGAGGUAGUCAGUGAACAGUUGGAAAAGAUCGUCCCCGGUCUAUUGAAGUGGGCGGCCGAGCACAAGAACUACUUCAAGACGAACAUCCAGAACUUGCUCGAACGUCUCCUACGUCUCUUCGGCUUUGACACCCUUGAGAAAUUUGUCAGCUCUCGCGACGAGAACGAUGGUGGUCGGAAACUGGUCUAUAGCUUGGUCAAGAAACAGAAGAAGAAAAAACUCCUUCGUCAGUCUCGUGCUGAGAAUCCUGUCGACGAGGAUCAGGCUGGUCAGGAUGAUGACGAGAGUGACCAGGACCGACCAGUACGUCAAGCUCGACUAGGAGACGCCUACGAAGAAGCACUGUACGGUUCUGAGAGCAGCGAUGAUGAAGGAGAGGAUGAUGAUCAGGGUGCUCAUAAAGCUGGUGGGCCUCAUAAAGGAGCCAACCAAAAACAGACCAAAAAGAAUAGGAAGAACAGAGAUGGAACGUCUCUUGACAAUCAACUUUUGGAAGACGAUGAGGAUCAAAUCAUGGAUCUUCUUGAUGGAGGUCGGUUGGCUAAUCGAGCCUUAGCUGGCAAGGAAGCUAAGGCGGAGAAAAGGAAGCAAGAGUUGAAGCGGAUCGGGGCAGGAUACAAGAAGGAUUCGGAGACGGGUAAAAUGAUCAUUGAUGAAGAGGAGUCGAGUCAAAAUAAGUCGACAAAGAACGGCAAUGAUGAGAGUACGAACGCGUUCCUCGAGGCCGUCCAUGGGGCCGACGGAUUCAGAAGAGACGCGCGAGGAAAUGUCAAGGCUAAUAAGAAACGGAAGCUCGAUCAGGAUGUCGUCGAUCGUCUUGAGCAGGACGAGGAGCAGCAACUGGAUAUCCAGGAUGCUGUCCAUGGCUUACAGAUCACCGAUGAUCAAAAAACUGGCUCUGCUCAUAAAAAGAAAAAGACCAAACAAGUCAAAGAGAAAUUAGGAUCCGAAUUCAAAGCUAAAAAAGCAGGAGGGGAUAAAGUGACAAGAAAUAAAGACGGACAAGAAAUCUCUCCCUUUGCUUAUCUUCCUCUCCAAUCUUUAAACUCGAAGAAGAAGAAACUCAAGGUGACCAAGACUUUGAAUAUCACUGGCAAAGUUAAGGGAUCCGCUUCUUGAGAAAGAAUUCCUCCCUUAUAUACAAUCAACAAAAAGAAAAAGUGAAAAAGUCAGUUUCUACUUCUACAUUUAUCUCACCAAAUUGAAAUCAAUUAUAAAAUAAGCAAAAAACAUCUGAUUUGAUCUUGAAGCUUUCCUUCAGUAGUAUACACACUCUUCUCUCUAAGCCCAAGAUCUCCUUUCUUUUUUUUUUCUUUGCAUGAUAUCAUGACAACACAACCAACCUCCUCUGAUGCUAUUCUUUCAUUCCAUUCUUUCCAUGAACAUACUCAUAUUCAAGAUAAAUUAUCACUUGAUAAUCAUCCACACAUCACCAUUCCUUCUUGUUCUUCUUUUUAGGUCUAUCAAACUCUUGCACUUGAAUCCAAUUGUCUCCUUUUUCAUUAUAUUUCAGAUAUCAACUCUUAUCAUGCAAAAUAAGAGGUCUAUCCAGGGAAUAAUUAGAUUACAUUAAAUCCUAUCUUGUGCACAUGCUCAGUAAGCUUGACCAUACCUGCAAAUCUCAAUUUAUCUUGGAUUCA